CUCUUUCUUCCCGCCCUCGUCUCCCCCCCACGCCGUGAUUCCAGCGCCGACCGACCGCCCGCACAAAACCCUAGCCACCACCCCACCGCCCCGUCCUCAUCCCCAUUCCCCACCUUCCCUCGCAUGCUCCUGGCCCCCCUCUUCUCCCGAAACCCCAGCCUCCGCUUCCUCCCCGCCGCCGUCCGCGCCGCAAUGUCGGCCUCGCCGCCGGCGGACUCCGCCCCCAGGGCGGCCGUCACCGUCGAGUACGCCAAGUCCGCGCGCUCCGCCUGCAAGGGAUGCAGCGCCGCCAUCGCCAAGGGCGCGCUCCGCCUCGGCGCCCACGCCCGCGACCCCCGCGCCGGCUACGACACCACCAAGUGGUUCCACGUCGCCUGCUUCCCCGCCUCCUCGCACCCGCUCGGCCCCCUCGACAAGGUCCCGGGCUUCCUUUGGAUUAAGGAGAGCGAGCGUGACGAGCUGCGAGCGCUUGCGGAGAAAAACGAGAGCGACGGGACUGAACUCGGUCCAUCGGAAGAGCCAAGUGCGAAGAAAGCAAAGGCGGAUCCAUCUUCGCCCAAAGCGGCGGUGGUGGCAGAAAAGGGAACCGUCUCUGUUGAGUACGCCAAGUCUGCCCGCUCCACCUGCAAGGGCUGCAACGCGAGCAUCGCCAAGGGCGCACUUCGUCUCGGCGUCGCAGCCCACGACCCCCGUGGCUGGGACAGCACCAAGUGGUACCACGUCGCCUGCUUCCCCACCUCGUCGCACCCGCUGGGUCCUGUUGAGAAGCUCAAGGGGUUUGACUCCAUUAAGGAUGAGGAUCGCGUGGAGUUACAGGAGCUAGAGAAGAAUAAUAAGAGAGACCAGGCUGCAGUCGGUCCACUGGAAGUGCCAAGUCCAAGCAAAGCAAAUCCUGAAGUGGAGGUGGCAGAAAAGAACAAUAAGAGCGACCGGACUGAACUCGGUCCAUCGGAAGAGCUAAGUGCGAAGAAAGCAAAGGCAGAUCUAUCUUCGCCUGAAGCGGUUAAGAUGGAACCCUUCAAGAUGCCUCAACAAGGAGAUAGACCGGAAAUCCCAGCCAUGAUGCCUUCUGAGCGCCGGUCCAAGGAAAGGCAUGAUUCUGCUAGCUCCAGCUACUCUAGGCGCCCCAAGCGUGGUGCCUCACGUUUCUUAACCAGCUUGUGGCAGAUGUGCAAAAAUACAAAUGAUGUUGCUCAUCAAAGCCUUGCCUUGAAUCAGGAAACUAUGAGGCGUCAAAAUGACUUCAUGGCUGCUAGAAACACCCCUGCUCCUCCUCCUGGACCUGAGAUGGAGCCUGUGUAUGCACCUACUUGGGAGAUGCCUCCCAUUGAUGAUGAGAUGCUCCAGAACUUUGAUCUCUCCAUGUACGCUCACGGUGGUCUUUCUCCUCAAUAUGCUCAGGACCCUGAUACCGAUGGAUAUGGAGAAGAUGAUGAUGAAGGCAACAAACAGUAUGAUGAGUAUGAUGAGGAUGAGGAUGAGGAUGAUGACGAGGGUGAUGAUGAUGGUGGUGAUGGUGGCUCUCCACCCCGAGGGACCGAGUUCUAUUGAUGGGUGUGCUAUCAUCCCUACUCUUUUCUUUGCAUUUUUGGUGUUUCGAUGCCAAAGGGGGAGAAGAGAGUAGAGUCUAGGAUCACGGGGUUCCUUGGUUGCACAAGCCAUGUAGAGUCUAGGAUCACGGGGUUCCUUGGUUGCACAAGCCAUGCUUGAUAUUUUAUUUGCCUCUUAUUUGGCUUGUGCUUAUUUGCUUUCUUUUUCAUUUCAAGAACCAUUUGCUACUUUUCAUAAUUCAUGUAUGGACAAGUAUUUGUAUGCUUAAUCUCUAUGUUAGGAUGAUUAUGCGUUAUGCUUAUAUACCUUGAUAU